UGUGGGCGGGACCGCAGGGGGUUGUCCGCCCGCGGCACGCAUUGGAGCUGCAGCCUCCUUGCGCCGGGUCCCGCGGUCGCAGCUCGUGCCGCCUCUUGCUCGUCGUCUCCUGAGCAGCUUGCUUCGUGCGUCGGCCCUCCGACACACGAGCUCCAAGCCGACCCUCUCUUUCCCUAAAGCCCUUCAAGGCGGUCUUCGGUUUCCUUCUCUCCAGCCGACCCGCUUCAGCCUUGCGAAGAUGGUGGACCGCGAGCAACUGGUGCAGAAAGCCCGGCUGGCCGAGCAGGCGGAGCGCUACGAUGAUAUGGCCGCGGCCAUGAAGAACGUGACCGAGCUGAAUGAACCUCUGUCCAACGAGGAACGGAACCUCCUGUCAGUGGCCUACAAGAACGUGGUCGGAGCUCGCCGCUCCUCCUGGAGGGUCAUCAGCAGCAUCGAACAGAAGACCUCUGCGGACGGCAACGAGAAGAAGAUAGAGAUGGUUCGAGCCUACCGGGAGAAGAUCGAGAAGGAGCUGGAGGCCGUGUGCCAGGAUGUGCUGAGCCUGCUGGAUAACUACCUGAUCAAGAAUUGCAGCGAGACCCAGUACGAGAGCAAAGUGUUCUACCUGAAGAUGAAAGGGGACUACUACCGCUACCUGGCUGAAGUGGCCACUGGGGAGAAAAGGGCGACUGUGGUGGAGUCAUCCGAGAAGGCCUACAGUGAAGCCCACGAGAUCAGCAAGGAGCACAUGCAGCCUACCCACCCCAUCCGGCUGGGCCUGGCCCUCAACUACUCCGUUUUCUACUAUGAGAUCCAGAACGCCCCGGAGCAAGCAUGCCACCUGGCCAAGACCGCCUUUGAUGACGCCAUCGCCGAGCUCGACACUCUGAAUGAGGACUCCUACAAGGACUCCACUCUGAUCAUGCAGCUGCUCCGAGACAACCUAACGCUCUGGACAAGCGACCAGCAAGAUGACGACGGCGGUGAAGGCAACAAUUAAGGCCCCGGGUGGACUGGCAGCGCACGCUGAUGCUACUACUGCAGUCUUUAUUUUUUUCCCAUGAGUUGGGGGUCGGGUGGGGGAGGGAAAAGGGAGGGCUGACCUUCCCAGGGAGAAACCCACGACUGUCCUGUCUUUGAUCGCCUCUUUGACAUUUUUGCCAAAAUACCACUAGUGGAAAGUCAGGCUUGCUAUGCUGGUAUCGGAGCAGCAGCCUCACACAGGCACCCGGACUGUUGUUCAGGCUCGUGCAAGGGGAGCUGUCUGCCUUUAGUUUAACUUAUUGCUAGACAGUAGGGUUUAAGAUGAGAAGAGAAACCAGAGGUGAGUGGCCCUCAUUCAGUGUGUUCUGUGGUUCUGUGGUUCCAGUAAGAAUUCUGUCCACACACUCUCGACUUCAGUUCUGUGGCUGUUUUCUCUCUGUUGUGGCUGUGCUGGAUUUUUUUGUUUUUUGUUUUUCUUUUCUCUUUCCCCAGAGUGAUCUCUACUAGAGAAGGCAUAGUUUUAAGUUACCCACGCAGACAGGCUUAGAGUGGAAGACACGACCUUUUUUGAUGGGUCAGGCCUGGCCCUGUGUCCAGAAGUCUCUGACGGGUUGACAGUAUUAACACUAAAUUCUAGUUUACAGUAUUUCUACGUGACAGCCAUACGCGCGACAUCAAGCCAUUGGUUCUGAGUUUUCCUUUGUCAGCUCAGCUUUGCACCUGUAUCUCGCUGUAUCCUGUCAGCUCCUACAGAACUUCCUUUUGGGUUUUGGUUAAUGGGUGCUUGGCAGGUAGCUGGCUGCGGGAUACUUUUUUUCUUCUUCUUCUUUUUUUCUUUAAGUUAAACCCACCACAAAAAAGGAAAAAAAAAAAAAAAAAAAAAAAAACCUGUUAAGCACCACACACACAGAAAAUGGAGAGAAUUCAGGUCUGUAUGUCAUUUCUCAUGUUGGUAUUUUCAGAGACUCUGCUCUCCAGCAGCCAGGGUUCCCUCAGUCACUGCCUGUCAUCUGUUUCUGGGCACUGAGUCUCCCCCACACCUCGUGCUUGGCUGCAUGCAGGCGUCUUGAGGCCAUUGGGUUGUAGAGGUGGGUGGUCAGCAUGAAAGGAGAGCAUCAGGUGCAAGCAGCCAGGCUCACUGGGAGGAGACAGCUUCUCUCAAGCCCGUCCGGGGUGAGAGCCUGGCCCCCAAGUCAGUUGCCCCGCCACUCCUGCCACCCGGCACACUUUCCCAAGUGCUUGCCGUAGGGGAGCUGACGUUUGGGGGGUGGGGGAGGCCACGCUCCGCGCCUGUUUGAUCCAAGCUUUCCUGUUUUCCCCUUUUGAAUGAAAGCAUAGAUGCUGGGGAUUGGCUUCUCUAUCGUGAGCUCACUGCACACGGGACAGUGAAGGAAGCUGUGCUGCUAUGUCCCACAUGGUCCGUCUCACUUAGCCCCAGGUCCCUCUCUCACUGUGGAUAAACCUACCCAUAAACAUGCCUUGUUGCAUGCAGAGUGUACAGUUUCUGUCUUGUAGAGGAUCCAUGGUCCAAUGGAUUCCCAAGAUGGGCAACACCCCAAACUUGCUUUCCUCGUGUUCAAAGACCUGGCAGCCACCUUCUCAUACCAAAACCAAGCUCCCACUUGCCGGAUGCUGGUGAUGUGGCUGCAGAAGAAUGACUGUCCCUCUGCACAGUCCUAGCAUGCUUUUCCUCAGAGGCCCCUCUUGCUAGUGAGCAAGUACCCACUAACUGAGGCCCACGGAAGAACCGAGGGGAGGAAGCUUGGCCGCCAGCGCCAUUGACAGGGGCUCAGUGGGGCUUUGCCUGGUUUGUCUCUGUGUCCGCAGUGAGCAUGUCCUUGUCCCGCUUGUCCUGUUUGGAAAUGACCUACUGGAAUUGCAAAACCUAGUUUCUCUUUAAAUUUCAGCCUUGACCCUGGCUGUGUUCUAGAAAAAUCAUGCGAGAGGGAAGAACUGAAGAGGGAAGGGUGGGAGACCUGAUGCUUGAGCUUGGAUGGUUUCUUCUCCUUUCCUUUACUGUUGAGAAGCGCAGCUGCCUAUGAUGCUGUCUCCAGUGCCGCGGUUGCUCCUCCAUCCUAUUGAUACAGUAUUGUGCAUGCUGGUGUUGUAUUUCUAUACGGUAGCUUGACAUUUAUUAACUUAUACUGUAGGUGUUAUGUAUUCCUAUGACAAAAAAAAAAAGAAAAAUAAGACUUCAAAAUUUUUUAAAUUUUUUUUUAAUUUAAUUUUUUUUCCUUUCAGGGGUAAAGUUUUCUUUACCAAAUAGUGAUUGUAACAAAUCUGUUUUGGAUGUUGCUAUAGUGACAUGCAGUUCUAUAUUUUGUUUUUCGGGGGGAGGGGACAAAAGAAACACCAGUGUUAGCUUACUCUUAAUGUCUGGUGUUUGUCAUGGUGAAAUUAUAACUAUUACAGUGUAGGAGAACGCCACGGACGUUCUCUGAAUGCGCCUCUGUGCUUUCUCGUCAUGUUAUGCAGUGAACUAUUUUUAAGGUCUAAUCAAGUGAUUUUUUUCCCCCCCAACUCCGUGUUUCGCUAAGGAAUUAUUUCGCACACGGACCAUUCUUAGCAGUUUUCCUCAGUGAUGGAAUAUUCAUGAAUGUGAGUCAUUAUGUAGCCGUCGUACAUUGAGCAAAAUAAACGCACAGAUCUGA